AUGCCAUCAUAUCGAUUAAGAAGUGUCUUCCGCCCGUUGCAUUUAACCGGCUAUAGCCGUUGUCCUAGCCUCGGCGCAUGCAACACACGCGACUUCGCAACCCACAAGCGACCACAAGCUCGAAAGGCCUCCGGCCCAGAAUUAGGACCACGACAAAGGAUUUUCUUUUCCUCUACAAGCAAAGGUCUCGCCCGAGAACAGAAUCAUUAUGAAACCCUCGAUAUGCCAGUGACCGCAACAGCGGCCGAGAUUAAGAAACAAUUCUAUGCCCUCUCCCUCCGCCACCAUCCAGACCGCAACCGCGACGACCCUUCAGCCGGCGAGCGCUUCGCCCGUAUCUCAGCCGCAUAUCACAUCCUAGGAAACGCCACAAAGCGCGCAACCUACGACCGCGACAAUGGUAUCCACCACAUACAAAGCCGUGCACAAGGCCAACACCCAAUGGGUAGCCACAGCAGCCACAGCGCAAAUCUGCACCAUAAGGGCGACACUUAUGCGGGGUCACGUCCGGCCAGUGGACUGAGUAAACGGCGAUCAGCUUUCCACGGGCCGCCGCCGAGUUUCUACACGCAGGGCGGUUAUGGGGCUACGGGGCGGAUGGGUGGUCAGGGAUCUUAUUCUGCUGGAGGGGAAGGUCAGAAGAAAGGACAGGAUGGUGAUGCUGAGGAUCCGUAUGGGUUCAUUGAUCGUAAUAUGCUGGGACAUUUCAAUGCACGUGGACAUUUUCGGACACAGCAGGCGGAGGAUGAAAGGAGGAGGGAAAGACGGAGACGGACGGUAAAAGAAGCUGUUAGGGAGCAAGAAGCUAGCGGUAAUGGGGGAGAACUGCCUAUUCUUAGGUUUGUGGUUUCAAUUGGGAUUUUAGUGCUUGCUAGUGCCAUUGGGCUUAUAAAGGUCCCUGCCAUUCCGACUACCGACAAAACGGAGACUGCUGGGAAGCGAAAUAUUUGA